CGUCGCCCGAGAGUUCCGACUGUGAUCCUCAGUUCUCAAGAUCUACAAACCUGUCCUCGUCGGAAAACGAAUAAAAGACUUUAGCUGAGCCCAAUCUCAUUAUAAGCCCACAAGACCGACAUGGAAGACUUUCAAGGAAUGGAAGAGAAAGCCUUCGUGGUGGAAGAAGUCAACAAUGUCAUCAAAGAGUCAAUUGAAAACACUUUGCAAAAUGCUGCAUAUCAUCAUGGAAAGGUAGCACAGUGGAAUUCCAACAUAGUAGAGCAGUGUUUAAAGAAGCUGACCGGAUUGAAUAAACCCUUCAAGUAUAUUGUGACGUGCACCAUCAUGCAAAAGAACGGUGCAGGUCUUCACGCUGCUUCUAGCUGCUAUUGGGACAACUCAAGCGAUGGGAGCACGACGUAUAAAUACGAGUCAAAAACCAUGUACGCCGUCGUUAAUGUCUUUGGUCUCGCGAUUUGAGGAACGCUCUCUUUUGUGUCGGGUGGACGGGGUUGUCUUGCACUUGGAUGUACAUACGGCUAUUUAUUGGAACGUCAUUUUCUAUUUUCCUGUCACUUUUGGCGAAAUCCGGGCAAGGUGUUAUAGCGUCCCGCGAGCGAGUUUUGUUGAAUCCAUGCACUGUCCUUUGCAAAGGAGAUAAAGCUAUCGAGUAGAAUCAAGUAAAAAAUGUUCAAACGUUCUUCAAAUGGGAUCUUUCCCUUUUUAGCCGCCAGCCCAAUCCUCAAAGAGAUGGCCACAGACGGUAUCUCUCCAUCCCGGCUCAGUCCAACUCCACACAAAAUGCGCAUGACAUGCCCACAGCUCCUCCCCUCUGUUCUGCGCUUCCACAAAAGCCGGCAUCAAUCCAGUUCUGUUUAGGGCGUCUGAAAAGCUUUGCCCAAGUUGGGAACCAGAA